CGAAAUCCCAGCUGAGGUGGGCGCGGUUCGAUUCUCGCAAGACUCAAAGAAGCUCACAGUCAUAUCAAAUGUAGCGAGGUGUAUCGAGGUGUGGGAUGUUGAAACUUAUAGAUUGGAUAUCAGUGAUUUGGACAGCCAAAGACCAGACCAUCUUGGCCGCAUUUAACUUCAAGGAUGACUCGGAGGAUUACGCGCGGACCGAGGGGCAGUGGCACUGGGACUAUGACGAGCCCAAGACGAUCUAUGAGUUUGAUGCGUCGACACUGCAGACUGUCAGGGCUCCCUUUGAAGGGCACACCAAUAUCAUAGGGGGUCUAGCACUUUCAUUUGAUGGUGCACUCCUCGCUAGCGCUUCCCGUGAUCGGACCAUCAAGCUCUGGGCCUUCGAGUCGCGCCAGCUCCUCGCCUCAUUCGACGUUCGUACUACUCCUGACCACCUCAUCUUCUCACCCAACUCAUACCAACUGGCAUACACUACCUGGAGUGACAAGAUCUACAUAUGCGACACUCCACCUCACAUCCUUGCCACUAUCCAGUCUGCACAAGAAGCGCAGCCUAAUAUAAAUGCAGCUACAAAUCCACGACUCCUCGAUUCCAACGCAACACAUCGUCCCAUUUCUCCACCAUAUAUCCACAGGAACGCCGUGCCUUCCUCUAUUACCUUCGCAAAAUACUUCCUUUUCGCAUGUCUCCUGUUCGAACUGAUCAGCUUCGUGAUCCUCUGGAUUUCCCUGCUAAUUUACCCCUACCUCACAAGAUCUCUCCCUCCGUACGAGCCACGAAUCAGGUGCAUUCAGAUAUUGAUCCCCACAAGAACGCUCGAUCCAUACCGCUCGGCACUCAAUCCUCUGCCACCGCUCCAACUACUUUCAAAACACGACUUCAUCACAUAUUAACCUGGCUGUCCGCUCGUGUAGGUCGUGCACUACCGCCUAUUGUCGAUGUUCCUCUUGCUCCGGGUAGACUGCGCUAUGCUGCAGCGGAUGCUCCCACAUUUGACGAGGACCUGAUUCGUGAUGAAGACUAUAUUCCUUCUACUCAUCAAAAUUCGCAACA